UUUCAGAGACAAAAAGAAAUAGCAUGGCAUGAAACAUGGCUCAGUUCUACUACAAAAGAAAUGUUAAUGCCCCUUACAGAGACCGCAUCCCUCUAAGGAUAGUUCGAGCAGAAUCAGAACUCUCACCAUCAGAAAAAGCCUACUUAAAUGCUGUGGAAAAGGGAGAUUAUGCAAGUGUCAAGAGAGCCCUAGAGGAAGCUGAAAUUUAUUUUAAAAUAAAUAUUAAUUGCAUUGAUCCUCUUGGAAGAACUGCUCUCCUAAUUGCAAUUGAAAAUGAGAACUUGGAGCUCAUUGAACUACUCUUAAGCUUUAAUGUCUAUGUUGGCGAUGCUCUAUUACAUGCAAUCAGGAAAGAAGUUGUUGGAGCUGUUGAGCUGUUAUUGAACCACAAAAAGCCAAGUGGAGAAAAGCAGGUACCUCCCAUACUCCUCGAUAAGCAGUUCUCUGAAUUCACUCCGGACAUUACACCAAUCAUCUUGGCAGCCCACACAAAUAAUUAUGAGAUAAUAAAACUUUUAGUUCAGAAAGGAGUCUCGGUGCCCAGACCCCAUGAGGUCCGCUGUAACUGUGUUGAAUGUGUCUCCAGUUCAGAUGUGGACAGCCUUCGUCACUCACGCUCCAGACUCAAUAUCUACAAGGCCUUGGCUAGCCCUUCUCUCAUUGCACUGUCAAGUGAAGAUCCUUUUCUCACAGCCUUUCAACUAAGUUGGGAGCUUCAGGAGUUGAGCAAGGUGGAAAAUGAAUUCAAGUCUGAGUAUGAGGAACUUUCACAACAGUGCAAACAGUUUGCUAAGGACCUACUGGAUCAGACAAGAAGCUCCAGAGAACUAGAAAUCAUUCUUAAUUACCGAGAUGAUAAUAGCCUCAUAGAAGAUCAAAGUGGAAAUGAUCUUGCAAGACUAAAAUUGGCCAUUAAGUACCGUCAAAAAGAGUUUGUUGCCCAGCCCAAUUGUCAACAACUGCUUGCCUCUCGCUGGUAUGACGAGUUCCCAGGGUGGAGAAGAAGACACUGGGCAGUGAAGAUGGCGACAUGUUUCAUAAUAGGACUUCUUUUUCCCGUCUUCUCUGUAUGCUACCUUAUAGCUCCUAAAAGCCCUCUUGGACUAUUUAUCAGAAAACCAUUUAUCAAGUUUAUCUGCCAUACAGCAUCCUACUUGACUUUUUUGUUUCUGCUGUUGCUUGCCUCUCAACACAUCGACAGGUCUGAUUUGAACAGACAAGGUCCACCACCAACCAUCGUCGAGUGGAUGAUAUUACCAUGGGUCCUGGGUAAAUGUGUUACUAUAGAAAAUAUAACAAUGUGA